AUGGAUACAUAUGCAGCUGAUAGAGCAGUAGAUGGAAAAAACGAUACAUGCACGAGAACUGAAAGUAUUGGUCCGAAUUCAUUAUACAAGAAAGUAUGGUGGUAUGUGGAUCUAGAGGACAUCUACAGUGUGUACGACAUCACCAUACAGUUUGUAGACUAUGGUAAAGCGUAUAAAGACAGACAAAGAGGCCGUUUUGCGGGCUUUUCCCUUUACCUUUCCAAUACUUCUAGAAAAGAAGAUGGUGUAUUGUGUUAUAAAGACGGGCCACAGUUACCUCCCCUAUAUUUCAAAACGAGAUGUAUUGGACAUGGCUCCCAUGUAAUAUUUUACAACGAGCGAUUGGAUGGAACUGUUUAUCCUCAAGGAUAUGAAUCUUUGAUUUUUACAGAGUUAUGUGAAGUUAUAGUAAGAGGUUGUGCAUAUCAGGGAACUUACGGUGAAGCAUGCGAACGAAACUGUCCUGAACAUUGUCAACAAAACAAAUGUGAUAUUUUAAAUGGAACGUGUCUGGGAUGUGUGCCUGGAUGGAUGGGAAAGUACUGUAGAACACCCUGUGCUAGUGGAUCAUAUGGUCUAGAAUGCAAACAUCAGUGUGCAGGACAUUGUAGAGAUGAUGGUACGUGUAACUCUGUAACAGGAAACUGUGAUAAAGGAUGUGCUUCUGGAUGGACUGGGUCGCUGUGUGAUGAAUGUAAGCAUUUUGACAGAUACACCCAUCCUAAGAAAUAUUUCGUAGAGGCGCUUAAGACAUUCUUAAGAGAUGCCGAUUCUUGCAUCAGUGGUCGUUAUGGCCAAGACUGUGCGUUCAACUGCAGUGGACAUUGUUUCAAUGACAAACCCUGUAAUCCCAAAACUGGACAGUGUGACUCGGGAUGUAGUGAUGGAUAUACUGGUACAUCUUGUGACACAGCUUGUUUACCUGGACAUUAUGGUAAGAACUGUUCUAAUAAUUGUUCCAUAAAUUGUGCUGAUAACUGCCGAAAAACCGAUGGACUUUGUGAGUGCAAAGCCGGAUUCAAGAGUCCUCCACAUUGCAAUACAGAAUGUCCUCAUAACCGGUAUGGUAAAAACUGCAAUAACGUCUGUGGCUCAAAUUGUGUCAAUGAGACUUGUAAUAAAUACAAUGGAAGUUGUUCUUUGGGGUGUAAUGGACCAUGUAUCCAAGAUCCAACUUCACUUUAUUCCAAAAGCACAUCCGCGGACACCGUUACCGUUGGAGGGAUUGUUGGUGCAAUUGCUGUUGUUUCAAUCCUAUCUGUGUUGAUAAUUUUGUACACCAGAUUGAGAAGGAAACAAUACAAAGGAAAUAGAACUGAUUCUGAUGGAGGAAUUCGAAUUUCGAAAAUAGAACUAAAACGCUCCAGAUGA